GCUAGACAGCUGUGUUCAAUCAGAAACCACUUACAACUCCAGCCGAUUCAAACGGGAAACUUCGGCGUGAAGCGCAGCUCCGCUCGGGCUCUCUUUAGCUUUCUUUCCUUCCCGGGAGCCCGGGGAGCGGAUCUUCCUCGCCCCGCCGCCCGGGUUUGUUCUGGAGCUCGACGAAGCCCUCUAGGGUGCAGGAUCUCGCUGGGAGCUGCCUCCAGCCUGGUCAUGGGGGUCGGCGAGACGCCGCAGGAGUGGUGAGCGGCGCCGAGGGUGGCACUGCCCCGGGACCCGGCGGUGAGCGCGCGCGGGCGGGUCCCCGCGCCGGCUCGGCCGCUGCAGCAGCUGCGAGCGCGCCACGCCACCCAGCCUCCUGCAGCAAUGCCUCGCCCGUGAGUCGCGAGCCGGCUCUGCUCCUCUUCGGAGUGUUGGCAUCCUUCGUUAGGACUGCACCGCUGUCCUGGGUGAAAAUGGCUGUCUAGACUAGAAUCUGCCAGAAGGGACCAAGCAGUGGAUAGCGAGCCUGUGAAGCCUAACUCACAGCUGCGAGACCUGGAGGAGGAGCUCGGCUCUGAAAAGUGCAGACAUGAAUUCUGGAGUUGCCUUGAAAUACGGAAACGACUCCUCGGCCGAGCUGAGCGAGAUAAAAGAAUGAUCUUUGUUACACUGUUGAAAUCCUAACAUAUGUGGGAAUGUGUAUUCAUCUGGGGCAAGAAGGACCGGCAGAAUAAGCAUUUCUCAUGUCCGCUCCACUUGGCAGCCCUGGCAUCACUCAAGGGAGACAUAGUGGAGCUUAAUAAACGUCUGCAGCAAACAGAGCGGGAACGGGAUCUUCUGGAAAAGAAAUUGGCCAAGGCACAGUGUGAGCAGUCCCACCUCAUGAGAGAGCAUGAGGGUGUCCAGGAGCGGACAACACUUCGAUACGAGGAGCGCAUCACGGAGCUCCACAGCGUCAUUGCGGAGCUCAACAAGAAGAUAGACCGUCUGCAGGGCGCCACCAUCAGGGAGGAAGAUGAGUACUCAGAACUUCGAUCAGAACUCAGCCAGAGUCAACAAGAGGUCAACGAGGACUCUCGAAGCAUGGACCAAGACCAGACCUCUGUCUCCAUCCCCGAAAACCAGUCCACCCUGGUCACUGCCGACAUGGAUAACUGCAGUGACCUGAACUCGGAGCUGCAGCGGGUGCUGACGGGGCUGGAGAACGUCGUCUGCUGCAGGAAGAAGAGCAGCUGCAGCCUGUCCGUGGCCGAGGUGGACAGGCACAUCGAGCAGCUCACCACGGCCAGCGAGCACUGCGACUUGGCUAUUAAGACAGUCGAGGAGAUCGAGGGGGUACUCGGCCGGGAUCUGUAUCCCAACCUGGCUGAGGAGCGGUCUCGCUGGGAGAAGGAGCUGGCUGGGCUGAGGGAAGAGAAUGAGAGCCUGACCGCCAUGCUGUGCAGCAAAGAGGAGGAGCUGAACAGGACCAAGGCCACCAUGAACGCCAUCCGGGAGGAGCGGGACCGGCUCCGGAGGAGGGUGCGAGAGCUUCAGACCCGACUGCAGAGCGUGCAGGCCACAGGGCCCUCCAGCCCCGGCCGCCUCACUUCCACCAACCGCCCCGUUAACCCCAGCACCGGGGAGCUGAGCACGAGCAGCAGCAGCAAUGACAUCCCCAUCGCCAAGAUUGCCGAGAGAGUGAAGCUAUCCAAGACCAGGUCUGAAUCUUCAUCGUCUGAUCGGCCCGUCCUGGGCUCAGAAAUCAGCAGCAUCGGGGUAUCCAGCAGCGUGGCAGAACACCUGGCCCACUCUCUUCAGGACUGCUCCAACAUCCAGGAGAUCUUCCAAACUCUCUACUCACAUGGAUCUGCCAUCUCCGAAAGCAAAAUUAGAGAGUUUGAGGUGGAAACGGAACGGUUGAACAGCCGCAUUGAACACCUCAAAUCCCAAAAUGACCUCCUGACCAUGACCCUGGAAGAAUGCAAAAGCAACGCCGAGAGGAUGAGCAUGCUGGUGGGCAAAUACGAGUCCAACGCCACAGCUCUGCGGCUGGCCCUGCAGUACAGCGAGCAGUGCAUAGAAGCCUACGAACUCCUCCUGGCGCUGGCCGAGAGCGAGCAGAGCCUCAUCCUGGGGCAGUUCCGGGCGGCAGGCGUGGGGUCCUCCCCUGGAGACCAGUCGGGGGAUGAGAGCAUCACUCAGAUGCUGAAGCGAGCCCACGACUGCAGGAAGACGGCGGAGAACGCAGCCAAGGCCCUGCUCCUGAAGCUGGACGGCAGCUGCGGGGGUGCCUUCGCCGUGGCCGGCUGCAGCGUGCAGCCCUGGGAGAGCCUGUCCUCCAACAGCCACACCAGCACGACCAGCUCCACGGCCAGCAGCUGCGACACGGAGUUCACGAAGGAGGACGAGCAGAGGCUGAAGGACUACAUCCAGCAGCUCAAGAACGACAGGGCGGCGGUCAAGCUGACCAUGCUGGAGCUGGAGAGCAUCCACAUCGACCCUCUCAGCUACGAUGUCAAGCCCCGGGGAGACAGCCAGCGGCUGGACCUCGAGAAUGCGGUGCUGAUGCAGGAGCUGAUGGCCAUGAAGGAGGAGAUGGCUGAGCUGAAGGCCCAGCUCUACCUGCUGGAGAAGGAGAAGAAGGCCCUGGAGCUGAAGCUGAGCACGCGGGAGGCCCAGGAGCAGGCCUACCUGGUGCACAUCGAGCACCUGAAGUCCGAGGUGGAGGAGCACAAGGAGCAGCGCACGCGGUCCCUCAGCUCCACCAGCAGCGGCGGCAAAGACAAGCCUGGCAAGGAGUGUGCUGACGCUGCCUCCCCAGCUCUCUCACUGGCCGAACUCAGGACCACAUACAGCGACAGUGAGCUGGCUGCAGAGUUCACCAGUGCCAUCCGUCGAGAAAAGAAAUUAAAGUCCAGAGUUCAAGAGUUGGUGAGUGCCUUGGAAAGACUCACCAAGAGCAGUGAAAUCCGCCACCAGCAAUCAGCGGAGUUCGUGAAUGACCUGAAGAGAGCCAACAGCAACCUGGUGGCUGCCUAUGAGAAAGCAAAGAAGAAGCAUCAAAACAAACUCAAGAAGCUGGAGUCUCAGAUGAUGGCCAUGGUGGAGAGACAUGAGACCCAAGUAAGGAUGCUCAAGCAAAGAAUAGCUCUGCUGGAGGAGGAAAACUCCAGGCCACACACCAAUGAAACUUCACUUUAAUUGGCACUCGGGCACCAAAGUCCUACCGGUGGAAGCUAAACUAUAGCAGGUCACCAGAGAGAAGGGCUCCAGGUGACAGAGUACCUGUUGGGAAAAUUAAGGACAGUUGGCAGGUAGGUCAGCACUUGAACAGUGGAGCGCCGUGAACUCAGCCCUGUAGGUGAGCAUCCCGAGGAUCCUACUCCUCCACUACCGGCCCAUGGACCGCAUGUGAAUACCUACUCUGUGUGCCAUGCUCAGCAGGCCUUGCUGCUGCCUCCAGCACUGGCUUUGUCAUGCUCCCACCUUUCCUGUGUCAGUGGUGUCCCAGGUAUUUGUCUUAUUGGGUUUUCCACUCUUUCCUUCUGUUUGGCAGACAGUAACCCUACCUCUGGCAUCCCCCAAUUUCUCCUCUUUCAUUCUCCAGGGAAAAACUGACACACACAGGGGAGUGGGAAGGGCCUACAUAUCUAGAUUUGCUUACUACAAGGCGGCUUUGAUUUUCAAGUGCCACGUGUCAACUCUAAGAUACAGGCUAUCACUCAGAGAUGCUCUGGGAGGCAGAUUACAGGAAAAUGGCAGAUAGGUGUUCCAGUCCCAGAUAAGAAGUUAUAGGUAGAGCAGGCGCAGGCCUGUGCCUGAACAAUUCUGUACGGAAGAUUGAAAUCGCCUUCAGCUCUCAUCGUGGAGGUAGGGAGCUCUCUUCUGACUUUGUUAUUGCCCCUACCAAGUGAAGCCUUAUUAAUAGCCGAGGCUUAGUGCUGACAGAAUCCUGUUGAUACGUGUAUUAGAACUAAAAUUUUACCUAAUUUUUUUCACAGCAGAGGAGCAUUUUUAGUACUUUCCACCCACCCCAGGGCACUACAUAAUUGCUAUUUGCAUGAAUCAAAGCUCAUCCACAAAUUAUAUGUAGCUCUGGACCUGCCUCUAAUUUCUGUAAAGCAGAGGUUCUCAACCUUCCUAAUGCCGCGACCCUUUAAUACAGUUCCUCAUGUUGUGGUGACCCCCAAUUUCAUUGUUACAAAUUGAACAUAAUUAAAGCAUAGUGAUUAAUCACAAAAACAAUAUGUAAUUAUAUGUUUUCUGAUGGUCUUAGGCGACCCCUGUGAAAGGGUCGUUCGACCCCCAAAGGGGUCACGACCCACAGGUUGAGAAUCGCUGCUGUAAAGGAAAGAGCCAGGAUCCUGAGCAGGUAAGUUUCGCAGGCUGAUCCCACCCAUUUUAGAGAUUGCUACUGACCUGCCAGUUCGACUCUGCUCCCAUGGCUAUGAAGGGCAGGGGUGAGGAAAUGGUCCUUGAGGCCUCCUUUUCUUCCCCUGAGACUUGGUGAUAAUUAGCAUAUGGUUCUUAAACAGGUUAAAUCUCAAGCAAAAUGGUGACAGGGCAGGACCAAGGUACCUGAAUUCUUUCAGGCAGGGCUUCCAUCUUAAAUUCAUCAUUCCUUUCCUACUGUAACCUUCACCCUUUCACUUUCUUUCUGUAGUACCUAAGGCCCAUCCCAAUGCCACAGUUUUGCUUUGCAUCCCCAAGCUCAAUGUCUGUUUUCAGAGAGCAUGAAUCAAGGUCCUCAGCCUUCUGCACAAUGGACAAGGACACUCUAGCCACUUGAAGGGCAGAGUUUUAUCCCAAAAGCAACCAACUUUCUCAGGUAAGCAGUGAGACUGCCCAAUCUUGAAAAAAAGUCAACUGGUAUCAGUCUGGAAGAAACCUGCUUGUGGGUGCUUAGGUCACUAAGAAAGCGCCUGCUGGUUCCUCUGAUUUUUAAAAAUCAAUUUCUACUCUGGGUAAAAUUUCAUGUUGUCACAAGGAAAAUGUUUUGGCUGAAAAGUAUGUCCAAAAAUCAGUUUUCUCCAUUUUUCCAGCUUGCCUAGGGGAAGCAAACUGGGCAUGCAUUCAUGGCUUUCUAACACAGGAAUAAAGUCCUGUCUGCUGGCCCAUCUACCAGAGAACCCACCCCUUUAGUGUUAGGUCAUGUAACCCCUCCAGACCAGGUCUCAGCUCUUCCAUUAAGAGCCCCUGUAUUACUGAAACUACCUGGCCUCAUUCUGAGUUUAUACUUCAAUAUAAUACUUUUAAAAUAUGUGCUGAGUAGGUGAAACUAUUCCCCAGUAAAACUGUUACUUUUAUAAAUGUAUAGAAUAAAAAAGCUAUCAUUAAAUAGUUGAUUUCCUUUCCCUUGUAUUUUUUCAAAUACUCCUUUUUGAAGGUGAACCAACAGGCACUUGGUUAUGCUAAUUGUGGGCCUACUAAAACUGAAUUGAUCAUUAAAUGAUUGCAGGUGCCUGGGUAAUUUUCCUUUUUUAUAACCUGAAUUAUUCUUCCUAAAUAGAAGCUGGUUUAUAUUAACAUCUCCAUCAGGGGUAAAACAAUGUUCUUAAUUCUAACUUGUAUGAGCUUUUUAAAAAAAACUUUAGAUCUUCGUAUUUUUUAUUUAAACUGUUUUCUCUCAGUGGUUUCUUACCCUUUUAGGCAGUUACCUUCUCUGUUCAGAGUUCAGUCUUUGUCCCUUAGAGCAAUGGGUAUGGGAAAAGACCCAUUUCAUAGUUUUCUUGGAGUGUAAUUCCUGCCCACUGCUGAAUGGAAGCAAAAAUCAGAUAAGAGAAUUCCAUCUGUAGUACCCAUCAACGUUUAUGUGGGCCUACCAACUAUAUCUGAUUCUGCCAAGCCCCAAGUGCUCCAGCUACCAAAACUGCCAUGCCACACACCUGUAAGUGGUAAGAUUCCUCUUUGAGACUUUCACCAAAAAUUAUUCAUGAUUAAAUAUCUAUGUCAUCAGACAGCUGGCACUCAUCAUGCCCUAGAGCCCCAGAGGUAUUAUGAGGUGUCUCAGCAUUGCCAAUGCAGGUAAUUAACUGUUUCAUACUCACUCUCAUCUGCUGGCAUGUCAGGUUUCUGAAGUUAAUAUCCAGUGCUUGAAACUGGAAAUAUUAUGUCAAUAAAAAAUUAAGUACCAGUUAAACUAAUUGCUUAAUUCUCCUUUGAGGUGCAUACCCUUCUGAGUUUUCCUCUGAGCAGUACUUUGCAGGAGCCUCAGAGUCACAUGCAAAAUGCAUAACUAGGAGUAUGGCUCAUCCAUGAAACUAUUUAAAGUGAAAAUUUCAUCAUGUUCACUAACUUUAUAGCUGCAUCUAUUUCUCGAUGCAGCAAACAGAGCUAUAGUUUCUAGAGGCCAAAAGGGGAGCAAGGCCUCUGAUGAUUAAGUUUUGCAUUGAAUUUAAUUAGGGGAUAAUCAUUGUGUUGGCAUGUUUUUAUUUGGGGUGGUGCGGACAUAACAUUUUUGUUUUUUCUAUAGUAGGUGAUACUAAAAAAUCAUGUAAUUAUUUUUCUACUUAUCCACAGAAUGUCUUAUUUCUUAUUUGUCAAGAAAUAAUACAAUCGCCACCUUUCACUGAGGCUUCCAAACUUACUAGUGCUCAGAAGCUGGGCAAUAUUUUGCGAGACAAAACUUGUUACAAAACAAAAAUUAUGACUUUGCUGCACUCCCAGUUCUCACUAAAGUUUAUCCAAAUCCCAUUCUAGAUCAUUGAAACUUUGUGUGUCUACAGGCCAGGUUGAAGUUAGCCCUGAACCUGCGACCUUCUGCAGUUCCUCCUUCUUCACACACUUAAAGUUACUUUCUGCCUGACUACAUUUGUAGUUACUAACAGAUACAAAAAGUUAGCCUAAAGCAUAUAACUGGAAUUAGAAUUAUCACUAAGUGGCUGUUAAAAUAUAAAAAGUGGAAAAGGGUACAAGUUUGAAUAGCAGCUGUUUUGCUAAAUUCUGUGUAAAGGAAGCUAGUUUCACAUAUACACAAUUACAUUUUUAGUUAAGAUUUUGCAUGUGACCUUGACAAGAAAUCAUUCUGUUCCAGUAACAACAAACACUAUUGGAUAACCCUAUCCUUGACAAACUUGAUUUUCCCAUAGUCAAGGUAGAUACAAAAUCACUGAUCCACUAAUCAUCUGAAAUAUCAGCUCAGCAGAAUAGAACAAGCUAUAUACAAAAUCCCCCCAUUUUCAUACUGAUGACAAGCGUAGUUGUUCCUGGUCUACAUUCACUUUUGCACUUUCUGCAAAUUAAAUCCAUGUGGAAAAUGUUCUGUUUGUAGAACUCCUGGUACUCACUUAUAGUGUUCACGUUAGGACUGCCCAGUGAAAAAAGGGACCCUAAUAAUCUGCUUUGAUAAUGAAACAUGUUCCUUUCUUUACUACUUCUGAUAAGUUCUUAGACAUUGUCAAGACUUACUUACUUUGCAUGAGAUUUGUUUCCUAUUUGAAAAUGUGCUACUUUUAAACCACUUGAACUAUUAGAAAAACCUGCUUGAAUGUACUAUCAGUUAUUAAAGCACAUGUGACUAAGUUUGUCAGUAUUGUUCUACUGUUUGUACUAAAAGUCUCAUUUGACAGUUGAUACUUAGCCCUGUACUAUACCUUGUAAUUUUUAGGUUUAUUCAUUUGUAUGCUUUAAAUGUUUCUAGAUGCCUUUCAUUGUAUUAGCAGCUGUAAAAUAGCUACUUUGUGUUCUUUGAUAUAUAAUUGUUUUUUAAAAUCUCCAUUUAUUUAUACAGAGACAUUUAUAAUAUUUUACAAACAUUCUUAUAUUCUGAAUAAAUAUUUCUAAUUCCA